AUGUCCCAAGGUGAGCAGGAUCACAACGAGGUUAACCAGGUGGAGAAAGAUCAACUCAUGGAUCAGAACGAGAAGGCAGCAGGAUCGGCGGAAAACUUGAAGACCUUACUUGGAGCCCUAAAACUGGUGCCCAGAGUCCCGACGCCGGAAAUCCAGGUGGCGGAUACAAAUAUUGACUGCUCCUUGUUAACUAAAAAUAAUGAAGACGAUUCUGGAAAUGGUCCGGAAAUUAAGCAGGAGGAAACAAGUAGUGAAUGCUCCUGGUUAACGGUGAAUAGUGAGGACACAAGUAGUGAAUGCUCCUGGUUAACAAUAAAUAGUGAAGACACUUCCUUUGUUAAUGUGCCCAAUCCAGAAGGGGUAUCUAUACCAUCCCAGGAGAAGAUUCAAAAUCACUCCAAGAUUUCCGAAAACGCCGAAAAGGAAAUGUCGAUUUCUCCACAGAGUCUGGAUUUUUCACCGCUUCAAAAUGAUAUUUUUCCUGAGGAGGACAUACAAAAAAAUCAGGAAAUGAAGGGGAGCUUCGAUUAUCCCAUCUUGGAGUCAAAUAAACUCGCUAAAACGAUUGGCAGCGAUACCCUCUUAGAGGACGACAAAAGCAAAGAACGUUUGCUUAGAUUGCCUCAGAAAACUUUAGAAACCUCGUCCAUCGAACGACAGAAAGAGUUAAAAAAGAUGGAAGUUAACGACGAUAUAUACUACAUAAAACGCGAUGAUGGCUCCGUUCACGAAGGACGCUUGCUUAAAUUCCGAAAAUCGGAAAACCCAGUAAUGCCAGACGAGUACUACGUGCGUUAUAUUGGCUUCAAUAAAAAACUGGAUGCAUGGGUGGGUGUUCAUCGUAUAUCGGACAAGGCGGAAGACUUAGGAGGUCUUAAAGCGGGCCAGAUGAAAAACACACCGUCCGCAUAUCGGUUGCAGAAAAGGAAAAACAAAGAGCAGGAGUACCAACCCAUGAAGAACAUUGAAAGAGUGCAGUUUGGACGUUACGAGAUUGAGACCUGGUACUUUAGUCCCUAUCCUAAAGAAUACGGCAAGGCGUCGAUCAUCUACGUGUGCGAAUUCUGCCUUAAGUAUAUGAAGUUGCGCAAAAGCUACGCCUACCACCUAUCCGACUGCAAGAAGAGGACUCCGCCGGGCUCUUUAAUAUACCAAAAGGACGAUAUCUAUAUCUACGAGGUAGAUGGCAACGAGCAGAAGCUCUACUGCCAGUGUCUCGAGCUGUUUUCCAAACUAUUUCUGGAAAACAAGGACUUUUUCUACGACCCAAGUCCGUUCUUCUUUUACAUUAUGUGCGUGAAGGACCAGGAUGGCCAGCAUUUUGUUGGCUACUUCGCCAGGGAUAGAGAUUCGGAGGAUAACUUCAACGUGGCCUGCAUCCUUGUCUUACCGCCCCAUCAGCGUAAGGGCUACGGUAAGCUGCUGAUCGCCCUUAGCUACGAGAUCUCUCGCAGGGAGGGAUUCAUCGGCGGUCCGGAGAAGCCGCUCUCGGCCUUUGGAAGGCUUUGUUAUCGCGGCUAUUGGGGCUACACCCUCCUCGAACUAUUAAGGAACCACUCUUCGCCAGAGCCGAUAACCAUCAGAGAGCUGAGCGAAACAACUGGCUUCUUGAAGGAGGACAUCCUUUACACUUUAAAAGUCAUGAAGAUGAUCAAGUACUAUGGAGAUGAUUACUUGGUUUGUACGAUGCGUGAGAUAAUCGAAGAACGUCUCAAGCUGCCGCAGUUAAGAAAGCCAAAGCUGACUAUCGACCCCAAGUGCUUCUUGUGGAAGGCAAAAACCUAA